AUGCACCACGCCGAGCCGGCAUUUCAAGUGGUCUACCCCAACUACGACCGGGAAAGAUGGGUUACCGCUGCCGUAACUACCGCAUUUUUCCUCUCGUCGUCGCCUGCUGUGUUCCGUUCUGGGGCGCCAGCGCUUUGUAGAGAAUUGUCAAGGCAGCGUGUCGAGCGUGAACUGCAGCAGUCGCCCGAGCCUCUGAAGCUACAGCAAGUGUUUCGGAAGAUUGAGCCCCUCGUGGUACAGGUGUAUGCGGUGCUUCAAACGCAAGCGCCUUUCGCUCACAAAGCCCUCGGCCAAACAGAAUUCGAUGAGGAGCAGCAUGCGCAUGAACAAUAUCACUUUCUGGGAUCUGGCUUUUUCUUUGACGAUGAGGCGACCGAUGUUGCUGUGCUUCGGGUAAAUAACUCCUUCCAGGGAAAGGAGUGCCCCCACGUACACGGAAAGUUCGCUGUAACACGCCCAGAGAUGGGAGAGAUAAUUGCGACCUACGCUGCAACAGAGCACGCAAAUGAGCCAAUAGGGGUAGCGGGCCAGGUGUUGCAGCCUCGUCAGACAUUCAGGCCGACAGACGACUCGGGAAACUUGGGUCUCCUACAGCUGCAGUUGCUGACGCUUCCAGGCAUGUCUGGAGCGCCUGUCGUCGACAUGGAAGGCUCCAUCGUAGGAAUGCUUGUCAAGAAAUUCGACAUCUGUGGGCUGGCGUUGCCGUCAGCAGUUGUACUUCGGGUCGCGGAGUCUCUGAGGGAUUCGGGCAAAUUCACAGUUCCUUCCAUUGGGUUGCUCGUGACAGAAGAGAUGCCACGUUUGGCUGCAGCACGUCCAAAUCUGCCUACAGGAUCGGGAUUAAAGGUGUGCAGAGUAACUCCUGGAAGCGCGGCUGAUAGAGCAGGUGUUCGCGAAGGUGACCUUAUAAUAAAUGUGAAGGGAGAGGUUAUGGAUUCUAUUGGACGUAAUGAAGACAAAUCAAAUAACAGUAUCAUGUGUUUUAUUCGCAUUUGA